AACCAACGGCCCAGUAUGGUUGAUAUCAUCUUUGCCAGUAAAAUUCGAACAUUGGAGUCUUUACCACAUUGUAGACCGAUCAAAGCGAUUAUAAAGACGAACAGAUUCGGUGAAGGCUUAUAUUUGCGAUUUUUAAAUGGGUGCAGUGUGUUACAUAAAACCUGAGAGUUCGGUUCAGAGCCAGCCCGCAGCUUUGAUAAUAAAAGUAGCUUAUAGAGAAACUCUUUCAUUAAAAAUUAGUGCCGCCAAUUAAAUAAUUUUCAGCACGUGGAACAUGGAUCGAAUUGCAUAUCUAACAAGGAUUGUCGCCGUUUAUCUAAAAAUACUCUUAGUAAGUGAUUGAAACACUAAAGAUGCAAGUUUCGUUAGUUAAGAUAUUCCUACAGUUUUCAAUUAUAAUGAGCAUGUUAUACUUGUAUGCGACAUCCUUCAAUGAAGCAAUGUUUAGGACAAAAAGGCCACGAUAUAUAAUGCGUGGGGAAUUGCGUACGCCUAGUCCACCGGAGGACUAUUGCCGCAGAGGACUUUGUCCGCCAGGUGUGAACCACAUCGCCUGUAAGAAUCCGUUUUGGGGACCACAGUGUAUGAAACCACGGGAAGGCGUUAACAUGGAUAAAUUAAAAAUUUCAAUCACUGAUCUUUUUAACAAUCUGCGAAAUCUUUUAUCUAAGCCAGCGUACUUUAAAAAUUUACCACGAGCCAAGCCCUUGCCCAAGGUAAGCUGGGAUCAUGAACUCUCCAUUCUGGCGAUGCGGAUAACAAACUUCUGCAAUGACGACAAAGUCAGUGAAUGUGCAAACACGGCACGUUUUUUAAAUGUUGGGAGGAGUUCAUUGAAAUCUGAGGCGGUUACAAUGUCCGCGAGCUCUUUUGUGGUGCAUGUGAUCAGAGACUUAUGGUUUAAUCAUUCUGCCACUGUAGAGCCAACGUUCGUAACUAGUUUUCCAACAAGUGCUUCAAUUAAGGACUAUGCAUUAGCAAAUUUAAUUAAUAAAAAUGUUAUGUAUGUCGGCUGCGGCAUGUUAGUUCAAGGGUCUGGCAAGGAUAAGGCUUUUUAUUUUACCUGUCUGUUCAAUGAAAGUGUCAAGCCUGGACAAAAACUGUACGAAAUUGUGUAAAGAAUCACGCAUGAAUGUAUAUUAGUAUAAUUCAAAUCUGAAUAAAUUAUUCAAAUGUCCUUUGUA